AUGAUGGGAUUAUCAGGAAGUCCAAAGCCCAGAUUUCAUAGCACAAAUCGUAAAGAAGGAUCUCAUGCUUUGCUUUUCUGUGUUAGACAGAGCUAUGAAGAACUGGAAAGACAGCUGAAAGAAGUCUUUAAGGAAAGGAGCAAUAUCCUUCGUCAACUGUCAAAGACUUCUAAAGAGCUUGAGGGAAUUAAAGUAAACCUUCAGUCGUUGAAAGAUGAUGAAGCAUCAGCCAAGAAUGAUGUGCAGAAACUGCUGGAACUGGGCCAAAAGCAAAGGGAAGAAAUGAAAUCUCUCCAGGAGGCCUUUCAAAAGCAGCUUAAUGAGGCAGCUGAGAAAGCAGAAAAGCAGCAGGCUACCAUUAACUUUUUGAAGACUGAAAUGGAAAGGAAGAGCAAAAUGAUCCGUGACCUCCAAAACGAGAACAAAAGCCUGAAAAACAAACUCCUGUCAGGAAGCAAGCUUUGCGGUAUCCACGCAGAAGAGUCAAAAAAGAUCCAGGCCCAGCUGAAAGAGCUUCGUUACGGGAAAAAGGAUUUGAUUUUUAAGGCACAACAGCUAACAGAUCUGGAGCAAAAACUAGCAGUUGCAAAAGAUGAAUUGGAAAAGGCGGCCCUUGACAAAGAGUCGCAGCUGCGGGCGCUGAAGGAGACGGUGCAGCUGUGCCUGCUCCCUGUCGCCCGCCCUGCACAGCCAGCUUCCCGCCGGGAACGCGAAGCCGUCGGAGCGGCCGCCGGCCCCCGCGAGCGGCGGCUCCAAGGCGCCCGUCCAAGGCACGAGCAGGAAGCAAAACAUACAGUCAUUUUGCCCACACAAUGUUACACAGCUGAAUAUCCAGCUGAUUUGAGCAACACGUUUCUUAUCGUGCAUUUCUUCAAGUCAAAUGUCUCUGCAGACAAAGAGAGUCUUCGCGUUUCCUCGAGGAAGAAAGAAAACCAGAGCAUCCAGGAGUGUGAUUCUCAGGACGUCGGCAAGACGUGUUUGGGGAACCGCAAUAAUUCAACAUCUCAUUUGAAGGCAGCAGAAACAGAGAUCAGCUUUCAGAAGUUGCACAGCCCUCCGUGGACUAAACCUGAAGACAAGAAAGUGCCCGAAAGAAAUGAGAGAAAGUUUGACGAGGCUGUUAGUACAAAAGAAAAAAAGCCUCUAAGUGUUACUAAACUCCAUUAGAAACAUCCUUCACUUGCUCCCAUCCUCAUGUUCUUUUUAGUUCAGAGGCAUGAACGUACCCGGUUUCUGAAGCAUGCAUUUUUUUUUCACUAUUUUAUGAAUGUUUGUAAAAUAGUCUAGACUAGACCAAUUAGUACCUUUAAGCAAUAAUCCAAAAUGGAUGUUUGAAGAAACGCUUUGUAAUACAGUCCAGGUUUUGAAAUAGAAUUCUACCUUGAUCAGUA